CCAAGAGCCAGAGGAGCCCUCUCUCUGUUGCAGCAUGGAACAGUGCAGCCAUGGCCCAUGCCAAUGGUUUGACGCCAGGUGCAUGGCGCAUUCUUCAGUCUAAGGCCGCUCUACGGCAAGGUGCAGCUAGCCGUGACGGCAAGGGGCAUAAAGAAUCCUAGAUAGUGCUUUCAUUGUCAGGGGAGCACCACUGGCAGCAACAUGCCAAUUCUGCUUUGUUCACUGCAUUUGCUCCAUGUGGAAGAAUGUAGAAUACUUAAGUGGGGUCCUUAGGUUUAUGCAAUUAUGAAUGCAGCUCAGUGCCCCAGAAUGACCAAAAGUGUACAGCUCAGGAGCUCAUUUUGGGGUGGCAGAUCUGCAGAUGCCGCAUUCGGCGCGAGGAACUCAAUUGCCUCCAGCACCUCAUUGUCUCCCUGGGACUGCAACUUAGGGGGCAGGCUGAUACUGCCAACUAGGAGAAGUAGUGGAAGGAAUGUGAUUGCGGCACACCUGCACACAAAGUCCUCUCCUUACGAAUGUCUUUGCGGCGCCUCUGUAGAAACAUUGCUGUUGAGAAGACGGCGUGGCCCUUCCACAAACAAACCGCACCGGGGCCGGAGCAGGUCUCUCGAGCUACGUGCAUCCAGUGAAGACAGUGUGUCUCCUAUCAGUCCUGAUUGGAGGACUGGAACAGAUUCGGACGGUCCGCAUUGGGGAACUGAUGGUAGUUCAGACAGUCCGGUCCUUCCAGUGGAGAAUGGACUGGGGGAUUUUCACAAUGACCUCUUAGGAGAAAUUGCUGUAGGGCGUCCGGCGCUUGAGAAACACGGAGGAGGCGAGAACGUAGCCGAACGAAUGGCCUCGAACGGGCACUCAUUUGUACAGGAGCCCCACAUCGCCUCACCGGAAACCGACCAUUGCAAUGGCACCGGGACGACACACCCCCCUCCCAGUCCCCCCCGCCUCCUUGCUGCCUUUCUCCAGCAUCCAUUGGUUAAGCCCCUCCUCGGAGGCUGCCUCUUAGCAGCUUUCCUCUUCGUCAGUCAACUGUGCGCCAAGCGGGUGUUAACAAAGUUUGUUCUUCCCAAGGCGGCAAGCGUUGUGAGCCAGGCACUCGAUAGGAAGGUGGAACUAGGCGCGGCGACGAAUGUCAGUUUGUUUACAGGGCUGACGUUGGGGCGCACUGCGGUGGGGCCGAGCGGGACUGAGUUCUCGUGCGGGGAGGCGGCGAGCGUGAGAGUGACGGUCAAUCUGCUGUUGAGCAUUCUGAAGAGGCAGAUUGUGUUGGAAGCGCUGAUUGAGGAGCCGCAAGUGUUAGUGGCACAAGAGCCCGACUUUACGUGGCUCACUAUUCCGCAGCCGUUGGACAAGAAAGAGGAGGUCGUGCAAGGGGCAGUGGAUAGCCGGGCGGCGCAAAUCAAAAAGUCGCGGGAAGAGAAGAAGGUCGAACAGGAGGCGGCGAGGGAGGCGAAAGCGGUUGAGAUGGCGAGGCGACAGUUGGAGAGAAUGGUGGGGCGGGCGUCGGAGAAGGAAACUAGAGUGGAGAGGAAGCGGUGGUGGAGAAGGGAGAAAGCGCGCAAGGGGAGCGUGAGGGAGAUCUGGGCGAGGGUCCAGGCGGAGAGUGCGAGGGGGUUUCUGGUAAGCAGAGGUCUCUUGGAAAGGGGCGGAAAGGUUGCAGAAGAAACAAUUGAGAGAGGGGAAGGAAGUGGGCAGGGGGAGCGAGAACUAGAGGCGGGAAGGAGGCAGGAAGAGACAAUCCUUAAAGCUGAUGAGGAAGCGGCGGAACAGAAGCGGAAAGAAAGGGAGCUACGACGGCAGAUUGCCGAGCAGACAAGAGUGGAUCUUGCGGGGUCGGAGGAGAAAGGAACGGAAGUGGAGAGGCAACGGGAGACGGAUGAAUCAGCCAGUCGUGAGGGGGAAAAUUUGGAAGGGGCAGCGGAGAUCGAGCGGGGCUCCGAGGUGAUGUCGCCGCCAGUAGAGGAUCUGCCGCUACUUGAGGCACUCCUGGAAGGGCGGUCUGAGAUCGAGGGAUUGGUUCCGGAAGGGGAGAAAGAGGAGGGCGAAACGAUCGAAAUGAUUGGUGGUUUGGCGGAAGAAGAGGACGGAUUUGACGGGAGCGGAGAAGCCCUCGAAAGCGAGGCCGAGGUCCUUACGGAUGAAGAAAAGGGAGAAGACGAGACAGGGUCGGAAACAGAGGAGAGCGUCUCUCCGGAAGUUGAUGCCGAGAUGCAUACGAUAGAAAUUGAGGAGGGACGAGUCAGUGACGUCACAAUAGAAGUUGGCCGGUCGGAGUCCGGCCCGGGUAGUGAGGACGCAGGAAAGUUAGAAGAACUAGUAGUGGGGACAAACGUUCCAAAACCGGAGACGCCGGAAGAUGAGGCCGUGGUUCCUUUGAAGCAGCAACUGAUCGCCGCGAUUCAGCGGAAACUGGCGGCAGAGAAAGCGGAGCAAGCGACAAAGAGCCGCUCGCAAAAGCCGAAGCAGGGGGAAGCGGGUUCGGGCGUGCCGAGUGGGGCAGCUUCGGCAGCAGAAAGAAGGGGGGGGUUGAGCGAGCGGAGAAGCGAAAGUGGGGAGAGUAGCAGACGAGAAGCUGACGUAUUUGCCGAGCGGCGCGCGAGCGGGUCGGCCGCGAGUACUAGCUCGUCGGGGGGCGGGACUCAAAACGCGCACAGGGAAGGCAAGAGGGCCAAGGGCGCGGCAGCGUCCGCCUCUCAGAGGCGGGAAGCUGCAAGGGUGCCAGAGGCAGAGAGCGUUGCAGGUGGUUUGAGUACAGACGCCAAGGCCGAAGAGGGAGGGGUUUCGGGAGGGGUUGGGGGGGAGGAUGCAGAAGCGGAAAGAGCGAGCGACAAGGGGGAGACGGACAAAGCGGGAGCGAAGAAGGAAGCGCGGGAAGAGAAGAAGAAGCGGGCGAUUGCGGUGCUGGAAAAGGUUGUCAUCAAGAAAGGGACGCUGAUGCUGCUCCCCUUUGGGGACCAGGCUGUCAGGAGAGUGGAGGACGUGUCGACGACGGUCGAUCUGGAAGACGACUACAACAAGGUGGCGGUCGACGUGGCGGGCCGUCUAGUAAAGCGGCCCGACUGCGGCGAGGGCGACGGUGGGCGCAUCGGCGUCAAGGUCAAUGUGGAUACUGAGGCGCACGCUUGGAACGUCCGAGUCCUUGCGGACGAAGUUCACGGUCCGAACUUGGACCACCUGCUCGAGAUCCCUAUCGACAUCAAAACGGGGGUUGCGACGGGCGACGUGUUUGUGUGGAUGAAUAAGGAGGACACGUUUCCGCAUCUGAGGGGAACGGUUAAAGCGCGUGACGUCGACUUCCAGAUUUGGGAUGCGCCCGCCUCCUUCCAUGAGACGGAGUUAGACUUGGUCUUAGAGGAUCAGCGCAUGUUCUUUCACAAGGCGACUGGCCGGUACGGCCUCGUCAACAUGACAAUGUCCGGCGAUAUGGACCUUAACCCGAUCGGAGGGGAGUACCGAUUCUCCGCCAAAAUCCCGGGGGUGGAGAUUAACCAACUCAUGCUAACCUUGAAAGCACGCCCGCCCCCGUACCCGGUUGCGGGCGUUCUGCGGGGCGACUUCUUUUGUCAGGGCGCGCUGGAGGCACCCGUCUUCAGCGGUCACGUCAGGGCGUCCGCCGCUGACGUCAGCAGGGCGGUGGCGGCCGUGGACCCGCCGACGUUUGCGUCGACGGCGCUGCGGGACACCCCCGGGGCGGUGGGGGCGUACGACCACGUGCCGUUCGAGUCGGCGGUGGGGAGCUUCGACUUCGAUACCGACACCUGCAUGGCCAACAUUCACGGCAUCAAGGUUGUACCGGUUGGCGGAGGGGAGGUCACGGCCCAAGGACAGCUGUGGAUCUGCCCAGAGGGCGAGGUCGAUCCAAACGCAGUGGAUGUCAAAGGCGAGGCGACCGCAGUCCCCGCAGACUCAAUAAUUCUGCGUUACAUCCCCGAGGGGACGCAACCGCCGCCCGUGAGCUUCGGGCGCAUGAAAGGGGAGGCGAGAUUCAGGGGGUCCAUUUCAGCGCCGGUUAUCGACAUGGACUGGACAGCCCCCGAAGCGAGCGGCUCACUGGACGGCGCUCAAGGCCACCUCCGAAUCUCCAAAGAGGCGAUCCGGUUAAGCGGGAGUGCACCGACGUUCGACCUCGCCGCGACGGUGCACACGUCAUCUCCCGAGCCGGUCCCAACCGCCGAGUACUGGAAGCUGAGUAAGGAGGAGAGAGCCCGGGUGGAAGCGGAAUCGAAGCCGAUUAUCGAGGGCUGCGAGCUAGACUUGCGGCUGAAGGGCUUUGACCUUGUGGGCCUGGCGGAAGACCAGAGCACUCCCCCUCCGCCCCCGUCACCAGAGAACCUCCAUCUUCGGACCACUGGCCGCGUCAAGUUCUCCGGUAAGGUCGCCCCCCAGCUGACAGGAGCCGCCACGUCCCGGGGCAUGCCGGAACUGCCGGGCCUGAGCGGGGACAUCGCACUGAGCAACAUAAAGUUGAACCAACUGUUGAUCGCUCAACAGUUGAGCGGGACGCUGGACGUCACACCCUCGGGGUUGCAGCUGAAUACGAGCGGUCGGCAAGACGAGCACUUGAAGCUAGACGUCACGGCGCGCCCAGGCGCGGACGGCGUUUCGGCGUCCGAAGCUAGCGCGGUGGACUUCUCGUGGCGGCGCGGACAGAUCCGGACUGAUCUGAAGUUCAGGCCGGGCAUGAGUCGGCUGGAAGUGCAGCACCUGCCGCUGGACGAACUAGAGCUGGCGUCUCUUCGAGGAAACGUCGAGAGGGUCGACCUGAACAUCAAUUUCCAGCGGAAGAAGGGCCAGGGCUACGUGCUAUUCAAGCGGCCCAAGUUCAGCGGGCUCAAGGGCGAGGUCCUCGAAGGAAAGCUUCGGUGGUCGGGCGACGUGGUGACGCUCGAGAAGCUGGCCCUCAACCAGGCGCACAGUCGCUAUGAUGUGCAAAUGGAGUACGUCCUCCCGGGGGAGGGCUCGCGGUUUGCGCCGGAAGACACCAUCGUCUCAGCGGCGGCCAAGCUGAGCAACAUGAAGACGGGGCGGUGGCGCGUGAAGCUGGACGUGCCGCGUGCUGACCUCACCGAGAUGCUCCCCGCGACGCGCAUCCUGUCGCAGUCCAAGGACCCGGAGGUCGCGUACCGCUCCAAGGAAUUCUUCAUGGACGCCGUCUCUAGUUGCGGCUUCGUCGCGGAGUCGCUGACGGAACAGCUGCAAACGCUCGCUUCCAAAGGCAAGGACGACGACGAACCGCCGGACCUGUCGCAGGCGGACCUGUCCGAGGAGGUACCUCUUCCGGGUUUGGCGGAGCUCAAGGGGCUGUGGUACGGGAGCGUGGAAGCGAGCGGGGGAGGGAGCGGAGAGACCGUCGCCAAGUUUGACCUGCGGGGGGCAAAUUGGGAGUGGGGCAUCUACAAGAUGCAGGACGUCGUCACCACGGGGGGGUACACCGAAGAACACGGGCUCCGAGUAGACCGUUUCUUCAUCCAGCUCGACACCGCCUCCCUGCACGCCGACGGCACCAUCUCCGACCUGGGCUACAUGAUGGGGGGGUCCCCACGCACCUCAAUCCACCCCCCCGGAGAGCCGCACCCGCCGUCCGACAAGAACAACCUCCACUUCGCACUGCUCAACUUUCCCGUCGGUCUAGUUCCGCCGCUGCUCCAAGCCGUGAAAGCGUCUUCCGCCACACCGGAAACGGAACAGGCCGCUAUGCCCCAAUGGAAACUGAGGGGCGAUUUGCACAUGGAGGGCGAUUUGUACGGGACUCUGCGGAAGCCGCAGUGUGAAGUGAAGGCGCGGUUGCUGGACGGCGCGUUUGGGGGGGUAGGCCUGUCGAAAGCGGAGCUGAACGCGAGCCUCGCGGCGACGCAGCGGCUCGAGCUGUCGGCAGUGCUUGAGCCCUCGACUCCUGGCGGCUUCGUCAAAGUGGGGGGCAGCGUUCAGCUGCGGCCGCCCCCUCCGCUACCCCCCCGAGAAACUCCCCCCCCCGGCUCCGACCUCUUCUCGACGGGGCCUCUCGACGCUUCCGCCCACUUGAUGGACGGGUUACGAUGGGACGAAGAGGGCCUUCCGUUCAGUGCAAUUCUGGAAGAAAAGAUUGAGGAGACGGGGGAGUUGCGAAUUGAUGCGGAAGUGAAGGACUCCGGGAUGAUGCUGAUGAACGCGGUGUCGCCGCAGCUGGAGUGGAUCCAGGGGACCGCCAACAUCGUGCUUGCGAUCCGGGGGACGUUCAGCCAACCGAUCGCCAACGGCAUGGCCACCAUUUCCAAGGGAAAAAUGCGCUCCCCCGUUCUUCCAAAGCCCCUGUCUAGCAUCUCCGCUUCGAUGGAAGUCAAAGAGAACAAGCUCUUAGUGGACUGGCUCGAGGGGCGAGUGGGGCGGAGCGGACGGCUCAAAGUGAAGGGCGCCAUUCCGCUGCUGCCGGCGGAAUCCGCUGCGACCAAGCCGGGGGAGGCUCUGGAAGUCCGGACGGAGAGCUUCGAGGUGCGCGCAAAGAGCGUGUACAACGGUCUCUUGGACGCGGUGAUCAAGCUGACGGGAUGCCUGACGGAGCCGGAGGUCGCCGGAAACGUGCGCCUCAGCAAGGGCCAGGCGCUGCUAUCCCCAGAGAAGAGCCCGCAGACCUCUGGUUCGGACGACGCCCCCCCGGCCAAGUCCAAGUCGUUGCGGACGUCCUCUGCUGCUACCGACGCCCUGCGGAACCUGCCGCUGGUCCACGGAAUACCAAUAAGCACGCCCGAGGUGCUGCUGAACUGGCCACUCGCAGAGGAGGAGGUCGACGCUGACGUCAGCACCAAGGUUCCGGUGCCGGUUCGGCUGAAGGGUUUCAAGGUCAUCUUAGGCCCCGACCUCCGUGUGGCGUACCCCUUCUUCCUCAACUUUGGCGUUUCCGGCGAGCUGGAACUGAACGGAAUUGCGGAUCCGCUGCUGAUCAAGCCCCGGGGGACGAUCCUGUUUGAGAACGGUGACGUCAACCUGGUGGCGACGCAGGUCAAGCUCAAUCGGGACCACCAGAACAAGGCGGUCUUCCUUCCGGAGCAGGGAAUGGACCCCAAUCUGGACGUCCGAUUGGUGGGGUCCGAUUUGCAGCUGAUGAUCAAGGGCCGAUCCACCAACUGGCAGGACAAUCUAGUGGUGACGUAUGUCAAGGCCGGAGAAGACGCUGAGGCGCUCUCGCCAACAGCGACUGCGAAAGUGUUCGAGAGCCAGCUGGCCAGCGCACUGUUGGAGGAGGACGGGCAGAUCGCGUUCGCCAACCUCGCAGCGUCGACCAUCAGCACCGUGAUGCCUAAGGUGGAGGCGCGCUUCCGCACUGGCCAGGCACGCUGGCGGCUGGUGUCGGCCCCUCAGAUUCCAAACCUCCUGUCACUCGAUCCGACAACGGACCCCUUCAAAAGCCUUUCAAAUCUCAAUCUUGGCUACGAAAUCGAAGUGCAGCUUGGAAAGAAAGUCCGGGCGCACAUUCAGCGCCAGAUGAAAGAGUCCGAGAUGACGACUCAGUGGACGUUGCUCUACCAGCUGAGCAGCCGGUUACGCGCCCUCUUCAGUAGCGUGCCGUACGUCGACAACAAAGUCUUACUCGAAUACUCGGCUUCUUCUCAGGAUUAG